AUGGUGACUGGUGGAAUGGGCACCGCCCUUGCUUUGGGAAAGGCUGCCGGCCCAGUCUUCAUGAGCAACAUGAUGACAUUCGGACUUGCUGGCCUGGUCGGAUAUCGUGCGGUAUGGGGUGUAGCUCCUGCUCUUCACUCGCCUUUGAUGAGUGUGACAAAUGCAAUUUCCGGUAUGGUUGGUAUCGGCGGGUUGUUCAUCAUGGGCGGUGGCUAUGUUCCUACUACGAUCCCUGAAUAUCUCGGUGCUGCGUCAGUGUUCUUGGCCUUUGUGAACGUCUCUGGUGGCUUCGUUAUCACUAAGCGCAUGCUUGAUAUGUUUAAGCGUCCCACUGAUCCUGCCGAAUAUCCGUGGCUGUAUGCGGUCCCCGCUGUUGUGUUUGGUGGUGGUUUUAUCGCCGCUGCAAGCACUGGUAUGUCUGGCAUUGUCCAAGCUGGGUACCUUGUCAGCACGCUGCUGUGUAUGGGUUCCAUCUCUGGUCUUGCUUCUCAGCAAACUGCCCGACGGGGCAACAUCUUCGGUAUCCUGGGUGUCAUCUGCGGUAUUUUGGCUUCAUUGGGCGCCGUUGGCUUCUCGACUGAAACAUUGACGCAAUUUGCUACUGUUGCCAGUACGGGUGCCAUCGUCGGAGGAUUGAUUGGCCGUCGCAUUACACCAACUGGUCUUCCCCAGACAGUGGCUGCGCUCCACUCUGUUGUCGGACUGGCCGCUGUUCUGACCAGCGCUGGAAGCGUGUUGGCUGAUAUCACAGACAUCACAACCCUCCAUCUUACCACGGCCUACCUUGGUGUUCUCAUCGGAGGUGUCACCUUCACUGGCUCAAUCGUCGCCUUCCUGAAACUCGCCGGUCGUAUGUCCUCCAAACCAACCAUCCUACCGGGCCGACAUGUCAUCAACUCGACUCUCCUGGGAACCAACAUGGCAACAAUGGGCGCAUUCAUAACAAUGGCCCCAGGAAGCCCUGCAAUCGCUGCCACAUGUCUAGGAGCAAGCACCAUCCUGAGUUUCCUCAAAGGAUACACCACAACAUCAGCAAUCGGCGGCGCCGACAUGCCCGUCGUAAUUACCGUCUUGAAUGCCUACUCAGGCUUCGCCCUAGUAGCCGAAGGCCUCAUGCUCAACAACCCCCUCCUAACCAGCGUCGGAUCCCUGAUCGGCGUCAGCGGCUCCAUCCUCUCCUACAUCAUGUGCAUCAACAUGAACAGAUCCCUGGCGAACGUUCUCUUCGGCGGUCUCUCCUCGCCAGCAGCGCAGAGCCAGAAAAAGAUCGAGGGCGAAAUCACCCAGACCAACAUUGACGAUACAGUAGAAGCCUUAUCCAGCGCCGAGAACGUCAUCAUCGUCGUUGGGUACGGCAUGGCUGUCGCCAAGGCCCAAUAUGCUCUCUCUGAGAUUGUCCGCCUCCUCCGCGCAAAGGGCGUCAACGUUCGCUUCGCUAUCCACCCCGUAGCUGGCCGCAUGCCUGGUCAAUGCAAUGUGCUUCUCGCCGAAGCAUCGGUGCCAUAUGAUAUCGUCCUCGAGAUGGAAGAAAUCAACGACGACUUCUCCGAUACAGAUGUCACCCUCGUCAUUGGCGCCAAUGACACCGUCAACCCUAUUGCUAUGGAGCCUGACUCGGCUAUUUCCGGUAUGCCGGUUCUCCAUGCCUGGAAGAGCAAGGAGGUUAUUGUCAUGAAGCGGGGCAUGUCCAGUGGUUAUGCUGAUGUUCCGAACCCCAUGUUCUUCAUGCCUGGUACGCGCAUGCUCUUUGGUGAUGCCAAGACGUCCUGUGAUGCCAUCAAAUCUGCCCUGGAGGCACGAAAGUAG